AUGUACUACAAGAUUAGACAUCGAAAUAAAUUACGAAGUGAGUCUCGUAUUUGAACUUUUGAAAUUUGCCGUGUGUUCGAAUAUGCCUAGCACCACAGAGAGAGCUGAGUUAAUAGCCCAAAAGCUAUUUGACUACUGCUAAAAUAGUUCACUUUAUUUUUAAUUCGUUUUACUUCCUUCUCAGUCCAUCAGACGCAUGCUAAUUUAGUCGCAAGAAAGUUCUGUUACUUCCAAAAAAGUUUAUUCUUCUUGAAGAGUACGGACUUGACUACAACAAGUCCGAAGAAGUAGAUGCAGUGGGCACUUCGUCCAGAGGCAGCAUCUCCUCGGGCACCAAAAAGACCUUAGCAACCGUCCUACUUGGCGUCAUUGGUCUCUCGGCCUUCUACUCGCCUUCCGCCCUAAACUACGGAGGCGAGACGCAUCAUCUUCCACAAGCCAACCUCCAUGGACGUCGACUACUUCAAGCUGCUGGAACAACGACGACCAGAAGUCCACUUGCAGAUUUCCUUUCAGUGAGUCAAAGACGUUUAGUUUGGGCAAAUUCUGAGUGCAUGGAAGAAGAACACUAGUUCAUUUAUUAUCAAGUUAAUUUAUGUAUUGAUCUAUUUCAAUGAAGACGAGGGAACGGAAGAUCGGUUACGCCAUUGGCUGGAUCGGCGCGUUUAUGUAUUUUUGCUCUCGGGCGCCGCAAAUAUUCCAAAAUGUAAGUUAAGUCCAUCGAACACUGUUAUCUUCAGAAGCCCAUAUUGAGAAUACUCAAAAUACUGACUUCUAGUCGUUGACUUUUCUAGUUCAAGAGGAAAUCCACCGAGGGCCUCAGUCCGUAUCUUUUCCUGUUAGCCAUACUUGGCAAUGUGUUCUACGGUCUGCAGAUUUUCAUUAAGUCGACCGACGCUGCAUUUAUUCUGACUGCUCUGCCCUGGAUUCUGGGUAGUCUGGGAAUACUUGUCUUCGAUGCCAUUGUAAGUUGAAGCAGUCCUUGAGGGUCUUAGCGAAUAAGCAACUUAUUUUUAAACAGGUUUUUCGAAAUCUAACGAAAAAAUUUCUUCUUUGCAGAUUCUGGGCCAGUUUAUUGCAUAUCGAAAUAACAGGGGGGAAACUGACAAGCAUGGUGAUUUGGACGACGAUGACUUUCAACGCCAGGAUGAAAAGAUCCCACCAGAUACCUUAUAA